AUGGAGAAAUUCUUAGCUCUAGAGACCUCUGCAACUUUACCCAAAAGUCGUGACCAUAGAAGGAAUGAAUGUGCAUCUCAUGCCAGACAUCAAUCAGAAAUCAUUCGUACAAAAUCAACUAUGGACCAUUUAAAAGGGGAUGCGGCGGCAGCUUAUCAAAAGGAGAUACCACAGAAGAAUAUUGUUGAUGAGUCAGCUUCCCUUCCUCAGGUUCUUCCAGAGGUUGAUGAAUUCAUUGAUACAUUAUCUCCAGAACCGUCACAAAUUCCGGAAUCAAUAGGGUCCUUUUACAGGAUUUUUGAAUCAUUCAUUAAACAAUAUGAAUCCAGGGAAAGUUCAAUGAGGUUUGGAGAAAAUCAGGAGGAGGAUGAUUUGUUAUUUGAAUGUGUGAAACGCGUUUCAAAGCUGUUAAAUGGCAUGGGUGAAUUUUCUUCCAAAGAUGAAAUGGGGUCUUCUCUAAACCAAGGAAGCAAUGUUCUUCAUCGAGCCAUGUCUUUGUUGGAUGAAGAGUUCCGUGCACUUUUAUACCCUAAGCGCUGCCGUUUAGAACUCAAAACUCCAAAGACACCGAAACAAUCCACUUUCAAUUAUAAUUCCCUCUCAACUAAAGACUUAGAUCGAUGUGCUCUACCAGAAACCGUGUCCAAUGAAGACGAGGAGUUCCCAGAUUUCUCACAAGAAGCAAUCUCAAACAUGAACAAGAUUGCAACAUCAAUGAUCUCAGCUGGUUACGAAUCAGAAUGUUGCUUGGUGUAUAGUAUCUUCAGGAAAAUGGCGCUCGGAGAUCAACUCACCAAGCUAGGAUUUGACAAUAUUAGUUUUGAUGAUGUACAAAGAAUGCAAUGGGAAUCACUUGAAGGAGAAAUCAGCAUGUGGAUCAGCAUCUUCAGGCAUUGUUACACGGUUCUCUUCCCCGGAGAACGCAAACUUUCGGACUCAAUCUUCUCCGAGUAUCCAUCAAUAUCUCAAAGAUUGUUCAGUGAUCUUGCAGCGGUAGUUAUUAAAAGGUUUCUUAACUUCGGUGAAGGUGUUGUAUUAACAAAGAGUUCAACGGAGAAACUGUUUAAAUUUUUGGAUAUGCAUGAGACUUUUAGAGACAUGCUUCCACUUAUGGGUGAUUUGUGUUCUUGUGAGAGUGCCAAAGAUUUAAUAUUCGAGAUAUGCGUUGCUCAAUCCCGGAUUGGCAAAAUGGCCGUCAACAUAUUCUCUGAACUUGAAAGUUCAAUCAAGAGUGACCAAGGUAGAAUCCCGGUACCCAGUGGUCAAGUUCACCCCUUGACUCGCUAUACAAUGAAUUAUCUAAAAUACGCUUGUGAAUACACGGACACGUUAGAAGAAGUGUUUAAACAGCAGGAAGGAGUAGACAUGUCAAAUGAGCCCGAACCUGAGAACUGUUCGGAUAAUGGGACGCCAAGAAAAUCUCCGUUUUCGAAACGAUUGAUGACGAUUAUGGAUUUGUUGGAUGCAAAUCUUGAUAUGAAGUCAAAGCUGUACAGGGACCCUUCAUUGAGUAACAUUUUCUUGAUGAAUAACGGGAGAUAUAUUUUACAGAAGAUCAAAGGUUCCACGGAGAUUCAUGAUAUAAUGGGUGCCACAUGGCGCAGAAAGAGGUCAACUGAUUUGAGGCAAUACCAUAAGAGUUACCAGAGAGAAACGUGGAGUAGAGUGUUACAAUGCAUUAGCCAUGAAGGGUUACAAAGUAAUGGGAAGGUGUUGAAGCCUGUAUUGAAAGAAAGGUUCAAGAAUUUUAAUACAUUGUUUGAAGAGAUACAUAAGACACAGAGCACGUGGGUGGUGAGUGACGAACAGCUCCAAUCUGAGCUUCGAGUUUCGAUAUCGGCGGUAGUGAUCCCGGCUUACCGGUCAUUUUUGGGAAGAUUUAGGCAAUUUUUGGAAGGUAGUAAACAAGGAGAAAAGUAUAUCAAGUAUCAACCAGAAGAUAUCGAGACAUACAUUGAAGAAUUAUUUGAUGGAAAUCCAAUGUCUAUGGGGAGGAGAAGAACCUGA